AAGAUACCAUACUUAUGAUAAAUAUAUUUCUCAGAAUCCAGUUCAGUUUCUAGUGAAUCUUCAUCAUCAUCGCAAUCAUCGUCAGAUGAUUCUGAUGAAGAGGUACAAGAUAUGCGCCAAAGGUACUCUAACAUUGAAAUGAAACCUUCUUUGCUUCGAAAUAUUCAAUCUCUUCCUCCACAGCAAGAAAAGGUCAUUGUAGAACCAUACAGACAAUGUGAUUCUCCUGAUACAUAUGCUGAUAACAAUAAUGAUAUCCCUGAGGAUGGAAGUGAGGAUGAAACUAGUGAUUCUGCACUUGUAAUUGCUGAAGAAUCAAAUGAUUCUCAUUCAUUUGCUUCAAGAGGUCAGAAAACUGGAGUUUCUAAGAAAAGACCAGAGAAAAAAGACCCAACUUAUGCUCCAAGAAGAGGUGGCCAAAAAAAGCGAACUGCUAGUAAAAAUCCUAGGAGUGCUAAAAAGAAACCUGUUGGCAACUCAAAGCCUCUGACUGCUUAUGUGCUGUGGUGUACUGAAAAUAGAAAGAAAGUUGUAGCAAGCAUGGGAAAUACUGGUUUUGGAAACAUUGGUAAAAAAUUGGGAGAAACUUGGCAAGCUUUGCCCGACAAAGAGAAAAUGGCAUGGAGAAGAAAGGCUAAAAGAAUUGCUUUAAAAAAUUCUAGUGGACUAAUAAGCACUGGUCCUUCAAGUGGUUCAUCACCUAAAGGAUCUAGUCGUGCUUCAAGUGUGAAUGAUGAUGUUUUAAAGGGAAUUACAGAAGGGUCAAGAGUGCUUGGAACUUCAGCUAUAGAUUCUGCUGCAUAUCUAAAGCUUCUUGGUGAUUCACUUAGUGUGAUAGGGCAAAGAUUAACUGAACAUGAGGGUCAGUUGGCUGUAUCUGGCAUUUUUUCAGUUCUUCUUGAUACAAUUUUGUGUGUGAUUGGUCCACUUAUUUGCUUAACUUCAGAAACACCAGUUUUAAAUAGCUGUCCUCAAGAAGUAACCCGAAGAACAUUGGAUAGUAUUGCAUAUUUUAUGCCAGGUUUAUAAACAAGAAAGCAAAAUCUGAUGUGUGCUUUGAAAGACAUUUUUGUAUACUGUGUACAUUUUGUAUAUUGUGACAUAUGUUAAAAUUUAGUGUUAUUUGUAAAUAAAAUACUAAUAAUUUGAUAAGUCAUGUAAAAAUCACAUUCUUACUGUUGUUAAGACAAGUUCUCUGUAUCAUUAAAAACAUUUAAUCUUUUUCCUCUUAUUUGCUUUUAAUAAAAAUGUCACCUUUGAAGGGCCAUUAAAACAAAAUGUGUCAGAAA